AUGUUUGUUGGAUUUGAACUAUCUCAUGCAGCUGCUCAAUCUCUAUACGAUCGACAGAAUGCUACAGCGGUGAAGGAGCCAACAGUGGUCGGAUUCUCGUACUCAGUAGGAGAGCCUAGCGAUUAUUCUGGAUGUUGGUGGUAUCAACAACCAAGACUUCACAUUAUUCAGUACAUGACCAAGUAUUUCUCCCGCGCUUUCACAGCUUACCAUAAGAAUAACCGUCGCCUUCCCUCAGAAGUUUAUGUGUAUAGAUCAGGAACAAGUGAGGGGGAGUUUCCUGAGGUUGUUGAGGAAGCUAGUGAAAUCCGCAAGGCUGCGGAAACAAUGAGAAAUCUCAAUGACGGCAGGCCAUACCGGCCAAAAAUUACAGUUGUUGUAGCUCAGACUAAUAGUAACUAUAGGAUUUUGCCUGCUUCGCUACCUGCUGUUGACCCCAGGGAUAGAACUCGCUACAGGGCUCAAGAUCUUAAUGUUCCUUCCGGAACCUGCGCGGAUACGGUUAUUGUUCAUCCGCGAUAUCGAGAAUUUAUAAUGACUUCCCAACAAGCUAAUAUUGUGUUGCCUUUCUUGGGAAAAUUUCGAUUUAUAUGUAAGAUUUGGAUUAACUAG